AUGAUCAUAAAAAAGAGAAAGAAAAAAAAUUCAAGAAACACAUAUUUCAUAUAUAUACUGUUCAUCCUGUACGUAAUUCAAAUGAAAAUAUUAUUAUCAAAAGAACUUUCUUAUUGUAAUUUACAAAUUCAAACUAAAGAUAAAGUAAGACCCCGUUGUAUGUUAAAAAAGUCACAUGUUGAUAAUAGUAAGUAUACAUUUUUUUUUCAUGACAUCAAAAGAAAUAAAAAAAAGAACAUGUGUAAACUAUACUUUGUGAAUAAUAAUAAUAAUAUAGUGCGUAUAAAAAAGGGUCCAAGGAAACGUAAGACCAUUAAUAAUAUUGAAGAAAAUAACUUUAUAUGUAAUUUAUUUGGAAGAAAAAAUAUUAUAAAAGACGAUGUAACAGUAGCUAUUAAUAACUCGAAUAAAUUAGUUAACAACAUUGAUAAUAAUUGUAGUAGUAAUAAUAUUAAUAGCAAUAAUAUAAGUAAUAACAAUAAUAAUAAUAAUAAUAAUGAUAUUAUAAAAAAAAGUUCUGAUUUAAUUAAACACUUAAACUUUAAGUUUGACGAAGAAUGUAACGAUAUUAUGAUCCGAAUAGGAAAUUUUUUAGAAGUGUCACCACAUUUAUUAUUUAAAGAUGUUUGUGUGAAUUUAAAUAAAUUAUUUACAAACUUAUAUACAAAUGAUAAUGCAAAUAUUCCUUUUGGUAGUACAGAGCAUACAUUAAAUGUGACUGAUGAUGUUAUUAAACUUAAUAAAUUUAAAAUAUAUUGUGUAUUAGGUUUAAAAGUAUUAAGAACAUUUCUAAUAAAAUAUCUAAGAAGUAUUAAAUUAUGUAUUCCUGUCGAAGUAAGAAAAAGAUAUAUAUAUGAUUUUUUAAAAGUAGAAUAUAUAUCAAAAGUAUAUCAAGAAAAAUAUAAUUUAAUCGAUUAUAAAAUAUUUUCAAAUAUAUCUGAUAAAUUAAAAACAAAAUUAAUAUAUAUGUAUUUAUCAUUAAAUCCAAGAGAUGUGCCAAACGUUUUAAUAAGAAUUUUCAAAGCUGCAAAUUAUAAUGAUGAAAAAGAAUUAUUAUAUAAUUAUAUAAAACGUUGUACAUUUACAUCCAGAGGUGGAAAAAGAUUUUCUAAAAUUAUUAAUAAAGAAUAUAUUACAUUAUAUGAUAAAGAAAAAUUAAUUAAGAAACAUUCAUGUGAACAAGAUAUAUUAUGGAUGAGAUUUUUUUCUUUAGUUAAAGAACAUAAUAACGAAAUCAUAAAUAAAAAAAAAAUAUUAAGAGAAACAUAUCGUCUUGUCUUUAGUAAAAUUAAUUUUUUUGAUGAAAAAAUAGUUAACCUAUUUAAAAAAAAAGGAUUUGAAAUUUUUGAUCAAAAUAUAAGUCAAAAUUUAAAUAUAAAUAAAUAUAUAAAACUUUCAACAAAUGAUAAUAUACAAAAUCAUAACGAUUUCACAACAAAAGAUAAAUUAAUAAUUGGACAUUAUAGAAAAUUGUCAAUAUUAAAUUAUAUCCAUAAUUUGAAAUAUUUUAUUCUUGAUUAUAUUCAAAAGACACAAACAUUACAUCAUAAUUUCUAUUUAUUAAAAAAAAAUAUUAACCAUACAAAAAAUAUUUAUUAUGAUGAUACAAUAUCUAAAAAUACAAAUUUAUAUCAUUUUACAAAUUUCAAAAAAGAUGAACAAGUAGAUACUGUAGUGGAUAAUAUAGAACAAAAUAUAACAAACAUUGAUUGUCAUAAUAACGAUAAACAAAAUAUAAAUAAAAUUAACGACAAUAAUAAUGAUAAUAAUAUUAACUGUCAUCAUGACAAUAUUGUUACUUCUAAUGUAAUGAAUACACCUAAUAAUAUUCAACCAGAAAAAAUACAACAUGAUAAAAUGGAACAAUCAAAUAAUAUUAAUGUUAAGAAUAAUGAAACAAAUAAAUUAUCACAAACAGAUAUAAACUUAUAUUGUGAUAAUAUUAUAAAUAAUACUAUAGAUACUAUUUUAGAUAUUAUGAUGGAAAGUUCAGGAUUCAAAAACGUCAAAACAAUCAUGGGAAUAUAUACUUCCUUGUUAAAUAAUAAGGAUUUAAAAUUAAUUGACUUCAAAAAUAAAUUCUAA